GAUUCCGUUAUUUACAUGGCCGUCCUCUCCGCCUAUGACGACACCCCUGAGAAGCCACCAAUGGGAGCCUGGCGUUGCCGGAGACUUCAUUUGCAUAUGAGCACUAUAAGUAGCGGGGGCCGGCUCAGCAGUCUUCGUUGUUCGUUUCUCGCAGUUGCUCCUUCUCUUCUUUUCAGCCCCUUCUCUGCUACCGACAUGCCCGAGCCGGCCAAGUCUGCCCCUGCCCCGAAAAAGGGCUCCAAGAAAGCCGUGACCAAGGCCCAGAAGAAAGACGGCAAGAAGCGCAAGCGCAGCCGCAAGGAGAGCUACUCCAUCUACGUCUACAAAGUGCUGAAGCAGGUCCACCCCGACACGGGCAUCUCCUCCAAGGCCAUGGGCAUCAUGAACUCCUUCGUCAACGACAUCUUCGAGCGCAUCGCCGGCGAGGCUUCCCGCCUGGCGCACUACAACAAGCGCUCCACCAUCACUUCCCGGGAGAUCCAGACGGCCGUGCGCCUGCUGCUGCCCGGGGAGCUGGCCAAGCACGCCGUGUCCGAGGGCACCAAGGCCGUCACCAAGUACACCAGCUCUAAGAAAUGAAGUGGGAAGACUUGUAUGAAGUGAUGCAGAGUGUAUUGAACAAAAGCAGAAGAGUAUAUAUAACAACGACAAUGGAAGACAAAUAGCUUUGAAACACUUGUGAACUACAAUCAAACCCAAACGUUCUUCCAGAGGAUGGAUGAUGAAGAAUGUUCCUCGGCUCCUGACAGACAGUUGAUGGACUCAAGAUGCAAAACAAGCAAAUUUCUGGCCGUGGUCAAUGUAGGAAUUAAUUUUGCUUGAUGGUGCUUAUUAAGGGUGCUAAGUUAAAGGUAGUUUUCUCUUUUUCUUUUAAAUUUGAUGAUGAUUGUGAGAGGCAUAGAACAUAAAGCCUGGUUAAUUUUUAAAAUAGAUCAACUUAAAAUAUA